UUCCAUCUCUGAUGUGCCUCAAUACUUUGACCUCAGACUCUAGGGACUAAAGAUUCUUAUUCCCUCUUAAAAGUGAAGGUUUACUUUCACCUCCUAUGUGACAUUUACCCUCAUUAAAAUUACCUUCCUAAUGUUUUGAAGCCCUGAAAGCAGUGGGUAACAGAGUUACCCAAGUCUUGUAUCAUUUUCCAUUCCAGGAUAUCCUAUUACCAAACCAGAAGUAAUUGCCUCUUUGGAGCAGGGAGUCCUUGGGAUCAUAAAGAGAGAAAUCCCAAGCCCAAGUUAUACAGAAUAUGGGCAAGCUGAAGACCAGCUGCAGAGGCACCAGGGAAACCAAAAUACACACCUGAGGCAAACUCUAUCCAUGAUUGAGAAAAAUGUGACUGAGGAAAGAGCUCAUGGAUGUGAUGAAUUUGUAAACCCACUUCCACUUCCUCAGAGCACAUGGGGAGUUUCUUCAGGACGUACUCCCUAUAGGAGUGACUCAUAUGGGAAAAUUUUUAAAGAUAAUUUGGGCUUACUCAGCCCUAACAGUCUGAACUUUGCAGCUCAGGAGUGUUAUGAAUGUAAUGGGUGUGGGAAAUUAUUAAUUCAUGGCAGGCAUGGCAUAAAUGAUGGAAUAAAACCCCAUGACUGCAGUACAUAUGGGAAAGGUCCCAGUCAUAACUUUGUUCAGUAUGAUAUGACUUCAGCUGCAGAGAAAGCCUAUGAAUGUCCUGAGUGCAGAAUAACCCUCAGCACGGAUUCCCUCCUCAUUGUUCAUCAGAUCACUCAUAUAGGAGAGAAACCUUAUCAGUGGGCAGAUUGUAGGCAAGCAUUUGACAAGACGCCACACCUCCGUAUACAUCAGACAGUGCACACAGGAGACAAACUCUUUGAGUGUAAUGAAUGUGGUAAAUCCUUCAGAGAGGAAUCAACCCUGCACAUACAUCAAAGGACUCAUACGGGUGAAAAACCAUAUGUAUGCACUGAGUGUGGCAGUGCCUUCCAAGAAAAGACAAAUCUUAUCAUCCAUCGGAGAACUCACAAAGGAGAGAAGCCCUAUAAAUGUUCAGACUGUGAGAAAACUUUCAACCAAAAGGCACACCUCAGUGUACAUCAGAGAACACACACAGGAGAAAAGCCUUUUGAGUGCACGGAUUGUGGUAAAUACUUCAGAGAGAAAUCAACACUGAAUAUACAUCAAAGAACUCACACGGGAGAAAAACCGUAUGUUUGCAAUGAGUGUGGCAAGGCCUUCCGAGAAAAGACAAAGCUUAUUAUCCAUCAGAGAACUCACACGGGAGAGAAGCCCUACGAAUGUUCAGAAUGCGGGCGAGCCUUCAACCAAAAGGCACAUCUCAGUGUACAUCAGAGGACACACACAGGAGAGAAACCUUUUGAAUGUAAUGAAUGCGGUAAGUCGUUCAGAGAAAAAUCAACACUACGCAGGCAUCAAAGAAUUCAUACAGGAGAGAAACCUUACGUGUGCUCAGAAUGUGGACGAGCCUUUACACUUAAGCUGAGCCUCAGUGCUCAUCAGAGAAUCCAUACAGGAGAAAAGACAGAUGGAUGCACAGUAUGUGGAAAAGUUUUCUCCCGGAAGUCAUAUCUCAUGCUACAUGAGAGAGCUCAUACAAGAGAAAAAUUUGAGAAAUCCUAUGAAUGCAAUGAAUGUGAUAAAGCAUUCUUCCAGAAAUCAUAUCUCAUUAUUCAUCAAAGAGUUCACACGGGCGAGAAACCCUAUGAGUGUAAUGUAUGUGAGAAAGCUUUCUCCCAAAAAUCAUAUCUCAUUAUACAUCAAAGGACUCACACAGGAGAGAGACCUUAUAAAUGUGAUAAGUGUAGCAGAGCCUUCAGAGAGAAAUCCAAACUCACUGUACAUAAGAGAACUCACAUAGGAGACAAACCCUAUGACUGUCCUGAAUAUGAGAGAAACCCUCCCAGAGUCACGGUUCAGCAUGGGUUAGAGAACUCAGAGAGAAUAGAAACCAAAGAACUGAAAACAGAAGAUCUUUCAUAGAAAAGUCAAAGAGAAAGAAAAUGCAAAAGGUGAGGUGGGAGAUUGUGCUUUAUUUACCUGCGGAGAUCAGGGAAAGCUUUUUUGAUGACAUCACAUUUGAGCUUAGACCUGAAAAUGAAGCACCAGCCAUCCUGGGGGAAGAGCAUUCCAGGUAGAAGGAGUAGCAAGAUCCAAGGUCCUGAAGUAAAGACUUGGCCUUUGAACCUGUAUCAUGGGUGUACUGAAUGAUCAUUUCACAUCGAAGAGGUUGGUCAACACUGAAGUCUUUUGAUUCCUUGAAUAUAUGAGAAUUGUCAGUUGGAAGCCAAACCUCAUCAUAAAUCUGGGCAGAGGUAUCAAGGGAAGCCCGAUUUAACUAAUUUCAAUAAGCAUAGUCCCUUGGAAAUGAUAUGAGGGAAAUAGGUUUCCAAAUUUAAUACCAAAGUCUCAUAGAAAAAAAUUCAUGAAAUCUUAUUUGAAAUACCUACUUUGUCAUUUCUCAUAGA